CAAGAAACAAAAUCCCUAGGUCUCAAAAGUAAAAAAUGUUCAAACUAUCGGAGCUGGUGCGCUGGCUGGGCCUGACCGAGUUCGAGAUCCUGGUCAACCUGUGCGGCCUGCUCGUGUUCACCAUAACGCUAGCCUUUAAAAUAUCCGGCACCUUAAACGAGGUUUUCCCAGAGCUGAUGAAGGACUGGUUCACCGUCUUCAGUCCCCUGUUCUUCAUUGACAUCUGCAAUGCGUACUUCUGCGUCAUUGUGGGCAUUCGCAUGUAUCUGGACUCUGACAACAAGCGCAAGGCGCUGCAUCGCUUCAUGUGGAGCACCUACUUCCUUGUGCUGAUUGCCAUCUUCAAGUAUCUGUUGUGUCUCAAGCUCUCGGGAAGAAAUACGGCGCUGGAGUACAGUGAGGUAUUCUCGCCAAUAUUCGUCUUGCUGCAGCUGGUGGCAGUCCGAGCCUGUCAGCUGCCCAAUUCUAUAUAAAAAAUACAUAAUUCGACCCCAUAGCCUUAUAAUA